UCUAUGUUAUCGUCCCAAAACAUGCCAAUAUCAUUCUAUUGGAUACUGUUCCACGCAGAGCUGGGAUUACCCAUUGAUAAACGCGAUACAUAGGGUUUAGUUUUCUCUGGCUAAAGUUUGGGAGUCGGGGUUCCCGUGGGACAGGUGUCACCAUGAGAUUUGUAUGCGUAGUAGGGUAAGCUUUACCAUUUCACCACAACCGUUAGCUUCCUUCUUCCAGUCAGUUGCGGGAAAAGGGUCGUUCAUUUACAAGGGAGGCAAAUAUCCCUAGCCUUGGUUCGAUUUGGAUUACCCGUAUCAUUUACGAAGCAAGAGGCGCCGAUACGUGAUGCAUGUGUGCAGACAUGCAUACGCCAAAGCCUAGAUCGCCAUUGGUGGCAUACCGGUAUAAUACCAGAGCGGUAGGUGCGACGAUAGAUGCUCAGGGUAGAAAGCUUCGUGUAUAAAUAGUCGAUGUUACGCGAUGUAACUCCGGAUUUCCUGUAUCAUUACUUAAACGUCUUGUCCUUUCAUUCACUCGGGGCUUGCGAUCACAACUUCGUAUUUCGAUAUCAUACUCGUUGAGAGUGAACCGAAUUCAACCCCUCUUCCUUUCUCUCUCUUAUCUGGAGCAAUCCAAAUUUCAAAAAGGUAGUAGGAAUUCCUCUAAGAGAUAAAGAUGGCUUUCGACGAUAAAGAGAAAUACACGAAUGAUGUGUCGCCAUCAUCACCUACUAAUAGCGACAUCGAGGUUGGUCAGUCUGGACAAUUGAAGAGACAAUUAAAGGGCAGACAUAUGCAAAUGAUCGCAAUCGGUGGUUCUAUCGGAGCUGGUUUGUUCGUUGGUUCAGGUUCUGCUCUUCACUCUGGUGGUCCAGCCGCGGUGGUUAUCGAUUUCAUCAUCAUCGGUAUUAUGUUGUUGCUUACUGUUAAUGCUUUGGGAGAACUUGCUGCUAUUUAUCCUGUUGAAGGUUCCUUCUAUAAUUACUCCGUUAGAUUUAUUGAUCCAGGUUGGGGAUUCGCAAUGGGAUGGAACUAUGCUAUGAAUUGGCUCAUCGUUCUCCCCUUCGAAUUAACAGCUGCAGGUAUUACAAUUGGAUUUUGGACCGACCCGGAUUCUUCUGGCCAUCCGUCAGUGAAUGUUGGAGUUUGGAUUACAAUUUUCCUUGUAAUGGUUACCAUUAUCAACCUCUUCGGUGUCAAAGGAUACGGAGAAGUGGAAUUUGUUCUCGGUUUGAUCAAGGUGAUUACUAUUAUUGGCUUUAUCAUUCUCGGUAUAAUCAUCGACUGUGGUGGUGUCCCAACCGAUAACCGUGGCUACAUUGGCGCUAAAUACUGGGGAACCCCUGGUGCUUUCCGCAAUGGCUUCAAGGGAUUCUGUUCGGUCUUUGUUACUGCCUCCUUCGCAUUUGGUGGAACCGAACUUGUCGGUUUAGCCGCCGCAGAAGCUGAUAACCCACGAAAAUCGAUUCCUAAAGCUACCAAGCAAGUUUUCUGGCGUAUCUCCCUCUUCUACAUCAUUUCACUCUUUCUCCUCGGUCUUAUCGUCCCAUCCGACAACAGUAUUCUCUCAAAAGCCUCUGGUGGACACACAUCCUAUUCUCCCUUUGUCAUUGCCUUCCGGUUGGCAGGAAUCAAAGUACUCCCCUCCAUCUUCAAUGCCGUCAUCACCCUCUCUGUUAUCUCGGUCGCCAACUCCUGCACUUUCGCCUCUACCCGUACCAUACAAGCUCUCUGUGCCAAAGGUAUGGGUCCAUCCUGGGGUGCAAAGGUCGAUGAACAUGGUCGUCCAUUAGUUGCCAUUGCCUUUGCUCUCUUUGUCGGUUUACUCGCCUAUGUGAAUCUCGCUCCUCAAGGCUCUAAUAUCUUCACAUGGCUCCUUUCUAUCGCUGGUCUUUCCAAUUUCUUCACCUGGGGCUCUAUCUGCUAUGCUCACAUUCGUUUCCGUAAGGUAUGGGCCAUGAAUGGUCGCACAAAGGACGAUCUCCCAUUCGCAGCUAUGUUUGGAACAAUCGGAUCAUGGAUUGGCCUUGGCCUUGUUAUCCUAUGUCUUAUCGCCCAAUUCUACGUCGCACUUUUCCCCAUUGGUGGAAAACCAGAGGUAGAAGCUUUCUUUGAAGCCUACCUCGCUGCUCCAAUUGUUAUCAUCUUCUUCGUUGGAUAUAAAGUGUUCUACAGACAAUGGUCUUUUGGUGUAAAGCUUGAUCAGAUCAAUGUUGAUGAGGGCAGACGUGAAAUGGAUUUUGUAGCGUUCAGAGAGGAAUUGGAUGAAGAGAGAAGAGUCAAGGCAGCUUGGCCUUGGUGGAAAAGACAGUGGGAUUUCUGGAUGUAGAUUUCUUACUUUAAAAUGGAGUUUGUUGGUUUGAUUAAGAUAUCCAGAUGUCAUGUUACCCAUUUGGGUAUGGAACACAGUUCGAUUUAUGAAAUGAUUUUGAUGUCUGGCAAGUCGACAAAAUGCACUAGCCAACAAUAUAUGAAAUAGAUCUCGGUAGAUUUUUAAUUCUGCGAUAUACCCAAAAAU